GCCUGCGAGGAAUCGAGUACCCAAAGACGCAAGCACGUAUCACCAGGGCUUUUGCCUUGUUCUUGUGUUCCCUGCAACGGUGAAAGUAAGAUUUUCCUUGGAAAAACUUGCCACAUUCUUGUUUCUUUUUGGUUUUCCAAGAUGGUGUUUUUUAUCAUUGCCUUUGAGUUUGGACCUACCAAAGACCUUACUUUCCCUGUCCAAUAUUCCUGUUUGUUGACUUUUAAUUGCAGCUUGCCAAUAAGUAAAGUUUGCCUUCCCUAGAGUCCAUCUGAUCGAAUGGAAUUCCAUUUAAAACGCACCAUCCUAUUUGUGUUGUUAAAUCCUUAGAUUACUUUUCUUAUCUAAUUUGAAAACUAACUCUAUUGUUACCGUUAAAUAUUUCCUGCAACAUUUCUUUUUAUUUUAAACAAAAAACUCUCCUAUCUAUUCGACUAGUAUCUUUUUUAUGUCCACCUUGUUAGACUUCACACCAUUGGCCUUGAAUCAAUCUAAAAAAUUCAGGUCAGUUUUUAGUUAUUAACUUAGGAUCCAACUGACAAGCUACCUUGGCAAACCCAUGUGAGGAGAAAAAGCUCUUGUGUUUUUAAAGAAAAUAAUAAAUUAAACCUGAAAGACAGGCCAUGUAUGCUAACUGUAUUUUACACCUUGGAAAAUUUCAAGUUGCCUCCGUUUUUUGCUAUUUCCGGAAUGAAGAGUCUGUUUAAGGUAUAUUGCCAUGUAGACAUUUUUGUUGAUGUUUUUGGGUAAGUAUGUUAUAAUACCAAUGAAUGGUCCAUAUCUCUGUCAAAGCUUUGAUAAACAACAAAAAGACAGAUUGAGCUUAGCAUUCCCAAAUUUGUAGCAAGGGCAUAAGAAACUAAAGUAAUGUAGCAAACGCCCAUUCUUUCAGCGAAAUGUUUUUUAGCUUUCCCCCUGCUAGUGUGUAUGGAGAACCCAUAGAGCCCACCCCGAAAAAUCGUUAGUAGCUGCGUUGCGUGGCAAAGGUGCUGCAUUGUUUGAUACGAAGGAGCAAUAUUCAAACUGGCGCCAAAUCCGCAACGGCUUGUCGAAGAAUUCAAUUCUGAGUUUACUUCUUGUGCAACAUAUUUGAACGACUUCUAAGAAUUAAAAUGGCUGGUUGUUCGCCGUUUAAUGUUAUAGAUAAUACAGAAAACCUGGAUCAGGAAUUUUCAACUUUCUGCAAAAAUCUACAGGCCAUUUUAACAAAGUCGGAUGAAUGGCUGGCUAUGUGGAAGGAAGCUGAGCAAAAGAGUAUGGAAGAACAUGAUAAGGCAAUUGCUUCGUAUGAAGAGGAAGUUGAAAAUCUUAAAAAACAGAUUUAUGAUCAGGACCUAAGAGCAAAGGACAUGAAAGAUAUUAUCAAAAGGCUAGAGAACCUUGAAAAUUCAAAGCAAAAAUUGGAAUCAGGUGUAAAUGAUGAUCAAAGCAAAAUCAAAGAAGAAAAUGCAAAAUUAGAAAUUCUUGAGACAGAUGUCACUGCUCUGGAAAAGUUUGUGAAUGCCAAGGAAGAAAAAGUGCUAAAGGGGAUUACAUUUUUUAAGGAGAGACUGGGUUUGGAUUUCAAGACAUUAAAAGAAGAAGACAAGAUAAGGGUUAUUUUUACCAAACUGGAUGAGGACAAUGAAAAGAGACAGUUUUCAUUUGAUACAAAAAUUGUGGAAUCAAAAUACAUAGUUUCGAAUUGCAACCCUCCAGUGCAGCAGCUUGAUGCAUAUGUAAAGGAAGUCAACCAAACAAAUGACUUCACCAAGUUUGUUGUCAAAAUGCGUAAAGCUUUCAAAAGUACUCUGGAGCGUGAAAAUGAUCAAAACAUUUCCAGCAACAUUAUGUAGAAUAAUAUAGAAUUACAGCCUGUCUAUAUGAUUUUGAGAGAACAUUGCUUCCAAAGUUAAACACCUCAUUCAAACCAUACCCGAAAUAUCCCAAACUAUAUGUUGCCAAUUGUUGAAUUACCAUAGAACUUUGCAUAGGAGCUGGACUCGAUUGCCAAUACUAACACCAAUCUCCUUAGACCUAUUAACAACUCAGACCUAUUCGCAGUUAUGGAAUAGCAAAAAAUCUUAUUGGUAUUCACUGGACUCGCCCAAGGUUGUUGUUUCAGAAUGGCAUGAAUACGGGAAUUACCUGAGCAUGACAGUCGCGACAAGGUCCUCAACUGUUUACCGUAGUCAUGACUAUGGUUAUACUGAAAAAUCUUCUUAUGGCAUGUCCAAAAAAACGUGACUUGCCUUAAAUGAUUUUGGAACGAACGAGCACUUGUAGAAAGUCUAAGUUAAAUGAUAAUUCUUAUCUCACAAAAAUAUUCAAUUGCAAGAAAAUCUGAAACUUUCCUCGUAACACAAAAUGUCAGAUGUCAGAAAAUGAAUACGGUUUCAAAUUAUCAAAUCGGAUACGUUAAAACGUGACCUCGGAGUACAAAGAAUUAUUUUCAGAUACAUUUUUGAUUUGCAUAUCCAUCAGUUGACAUUUUCAAGUUCUCGUCUUCCUUCAUCAAGUCAAAUAAAAUUCCCCGCUCAUCAACCCUUUCCAUUCCUUUCUCCUCUACAUCCAAGUAAUUUAAGCUCUUUAUUGCUUCUGCUAAUGCUUCUAUAAUUUCCCUCAUCUAACACUCCGUCCCAGCAAUUUAAAUUUUGAAGCCUCAAGUCACAGUCGAUCAGUACUCUAACUCUCUUGUUGCGAUUUGUUAUGGAAAAUAUUGGGGCUUGGGGUUUCUAAACCUUGUGAAUUUUCUGUACGAACAUGUCAAAUCACAUCAGCUGACAAUUGUAUUUUAGUUUUGUUUCAACCCAAGUACGAAACAAUUUAUGGAUAUGACUAUAGAAAUUUUUCCGAUUUUCCGUUAGGCCUUCCCUUUUGUUCCGUUGCUUGGGUUGACAUUGUAUAUAUUGACUUUUGUAACUUUAUUACUGUAUUCAAGAUAGUUUUAUGUUUAAGAUAUAAAUGCUGUAUGCAGUAGAAAAGCGUUAUCACGAAUAAUGUAAGGGCGAAGGAAAAGUUGGUAAUAGGAGUUCAUUAUAAUAAGGAAUCGUUGUACAUGGAGUACUGUAAAGGACCAGAUCAUUUCGAAUAGCGAAGUUUAUGAUAAGCCCGGUUCGUAAUAAGGGCAUUCCACUGAAGUAUGUAUUUCUUUUCUUUAUUCACCGAAAAUUCUUACUUCCCACCGAAAAUUCUCAAAUGUUUACUGAAUAUACCAAAAGUUUUGGCACCUGAUUUUUUGAUACUCAAAAUUGUCAUAGUUACACACAUUACAGAUAACUGACAGAUGUAAGACUGAGCCAACAAAAAAACUCUUCAGAUUUUAUACAUGGUUGGGCAUAAGGUGCACCUUCAAACUUUGCAUUUUACUCCGUCAGAUACUGAAAUUUUAAAAAUUGGCAUUAUAAUAAUGUGGUGAUGCUUUUAGAUUGAUGUAUCAAUUAUAAAAUUAUGUAGUAUGCAAGCUUGAUAUUGAUUUUAAGCCAUCCUUAAUCUCAAAAGUUCUUUAUACAGAGAUAUGCAAUAGGAUAGUGAUGCUGUCUGUCUUUAACUUUGCCCAUUUAAUUUUGUCUUUAACUUUGA